CUCAAAACGUAGUGGUUAAUUUAAUGGCUAUCAUAUUUUAUAUUCUCUGAAAUUUACUACCAAGUAGUUACUUCUUGCUUAAAUUAAUUAGUAAAUUUAAGUUUAAAAUCAUGGCAGACAUAGAAAAAUUAACGAUCGGAGAAAUCUAUACUUCCGAGAAGACUGGCAGCGAUAGUACUGGAGAUGGUUCAGCUGAAAAUCCAUUUAAAACAAUCUUACAAGCCAUGCGUCACGCUGGCAAGGAACCGUUUCCGACUAUAUACGUGGACUCCAAAGACGAUGGAAAACAGUACGACGUAGCUGCAAAAUCGCAGUUAAAGAAAAUCACUAAGAUAUGGAGUCGGGAAUGCUACAAGGCUGUUGAAAAAGCAAAGGCGGAAGAUGAUAAUGUUGAGAAGAGACAGCAAAAUUUGGACGAAGCUAAGAAAAUCAUCUUGAAAGAGGAUCCUUCGCUGCCAAAAGCCACGACUGUGAAAAUACUUCAUGCGGCUGAACAUCGUGGUGAAAGAAUAUGUGUACGUGGUUGGGUCCAUCGUCUACGUCGUCAAGGCAAAUCGUUAGCUUUUCUUACAUUGCGUGAUGGCACUGGAUACAUGCAAUGUGUCUUACAUGGCAAUCUCUGUCAGACAUAUAAUGCUUUAGUUCUGUCCACUGAGUCAUCGGUCAUUCUGUAUGGGAAACUAGAAGUUGUACCUGAAGGAAAGUCUGCACCGGGAGGUCAUGAGCUGACAGUAGAUUACUGGGAGCUCAUCGGUCUGGCUCCACCUGGUGGUGCUGAUGCUAUAUUGAAUGAAGAUGCUCUGCCUGACGUCCAGCUCGAUAACAGGCACAUAAUGAUCCGCGGCGAGAACACGACGAAGGUGCUGCGCGCGCGCGCGCAGGUGACGCGCGCCUUCCGCGAGCACUUCGCCAGCCGCCUCUACACCGAGGUCACGCCGCCCACGCUCGUGCAGACGCAGUGCGAGGGCGGCUCCACGCUCUUCAAGUUCGACUACUUCGGCGAGCAGGCGUACCUGACGCAGAGCUCGCAGCUGUACCUGGAGACGUGCCUGGCGGCGCUGGGCGACGUGUACUGCGUGGCGCAGUCCUACCGCGCCGAGCUGUCGCGCACGAGGCGCCAUCUGGCCGAGUACAGUCACGUAGAAGCGGAAUGUCCCUUCAUCAACUUUAACGAUUUGCUGGAUAGGAUCGAGGAUCUCGUCGUCGAUGUUGUCGAUAGAGUUCUGGCAUCGCCUGAAGGACAUUUGGUGUACGAACUUAACCCCAAUUUCAAGAAACCCGAAAAGCCGUUUAAACGUAUGACGUAUGUGGAAGCUAUCGAAUAUCUACGUGCCAACAACAUUACUAAAGACGACCAAACUUUCUAUGAAUUUGGAGAAGACAUUCCAGAAGGUCCUGAACGGAAGAUGACUGAUGCCAUCGGGGAGCCCAUACUUCUCUGCAAGUUUCCAGCAGAGAUCAAAUCUUUCUACAUGCUCCGUUGUGAAGAUGACAAGCGUCUAACUGAAUCUGUUGAUCUUCUGAUGCCGGGUGUUGGGGAAAUAGUCGGGGGGUCCAUGAGGAUGUGGGAUCACGAGGAACUGAUGGAAGGUUACAAGCGCGAAGGUAUCGACCCGACCCCCUACUACUGGUACACCGACCAGCGCAAAUUCGGCUCCGUCCCCCACGGCGGCUACGGGCUCGGCCUGGAGCGCUUCCUGUGCUGGCUGCUCAACAGAUACCACAUCCGAGAAACGUGCCUCUAUCCACGUUUCUUGGAGAGAUGCACGCCUUAAACGCCAUCAUUUUUUCGUUAACCAUCAUAAGUAAUUAUCAUUUAAUUCUGUUAAAUAUUAACUUGAUUCCAUAUAUCUUACCAUCAAACUCUUAGUUAAAAUUUAAAUCUGCCUGCCUGUCUGUUACAUUAUAAAUACUAAACCAUUGAAGUGAUUAAGGAUAUAAUUUAUCCAUGCAUAUUAUGCAAAAUAGGAAAAUAUACUAUAACCCUCGCCCGUGGUCAUCGUUGCCACUAAAAAUUCUGGGCAUAUAUGAGUCUUAGGGAACAGUAUGUAUAAUAUUUAUUAAAUUGGACUGUAAUUCCACUUACUGGUAAAAGUUAUAUAAAUAUUUCUAUUGAGUAGAGAGAGUUGAAUCUUACAGUCAAAGUUUUAUUGAGUUAAAUUUUAGUUUGAAGUUUUUUUUUUCUAUACUGAUUUGUAAUGCAUUUUUUUAUUAUUCCAGUGAAUGUUAUCGAAAUGUUUCAUAUUUUAGUCUUACGAUUGCAUUUACUUUGAGUUUGUACAUAUAUAUAUUUUAUUAAAGUAUAUAUCUUUUAAAAGAAAUGCAUGUAUUUUGAAAGUAAUUAAAUUCUACAAACAUUUCCAUACUGCUUUCAAAUAAAACGCAGCGUACAUGUCAAGUUGUAUAAGAAUGUAAUCGUUUUGCGAUUGAUCGUUAAUGCAAGUUUUGUUAAUAAGUGAAAAUAAAGCUUCGA